AUGGUAGAGAGCCCCAAAGGAAACUUUAGUGCGCACUGGAUUUUCAAGUACAAGGAAUUCUUUGAUAUCUUGGACGUUGAUGAAAAUGGCAUGGUGACUGAAGAGGAAUUCAUCGAUUCAACAACAAAGCGAGCUCAGCAAAUUCUCCCAUCUUGGAGAGCCAUGGCGGUGAAUGGUAUAUUGUCUAGUGCCUAUAAUCUGUGGUGGUUAAAUAAAUACACCAACUAUUCAAAAUCCAUCACAUUUCAAGAUUGGCUUCGGGCUGACGAAGUUGAACUCCCAAUUACAAGAGAAGAUCUCGUAAAAUUCGCAAAAGAUUGGUUUGACGCGCUUGAUCUCGACUGCAAUAGCAAAUUGAUGGUAGACGAGUAUUCCAACUUUCUUAUUAUUUUCCGUAACACUGGUAAGGUUCAAGAAAUAUUUGAUGCCAUUAAUUGGAAUGAGGAUGGUGUGAUUGACACCAACGAGUUCAUACACGCUUUUAUGGGCUACUGGGCUGAUCAAGAACCCAGCCCUUCUGAUGUCUUUUUAGGCACUCGUUAUUAA